AGCGACGUUGCUCUCGGGGCACCCACACACACACACAUUUGCACGUACUUGCAACCACAUUCGGGUCGCACACCAAGCGUAAAAUACGUUUGCAUAAUUGCGUUUCGAGAGGUUUUUCCUCUGUUCUCAGUUUCAACAACAAAAAGGGUAUCAACGAAGAACGGCCGGCCUUUUUUAUCCACUGAAGGAAGAACAUCGUUAACUCACUCAUCACUGUUCCUUUUUUUUUUGACUUCUGUAUUUAUUACUCUGCCAUCGUGUUUUUAUUAUCAUUUUUUUUUCUUUGCUUCUGAAGCUGCUGCAGCUAUCGCACUGGUGUCAUAUAUAUACCUUUUAUUUUGACGCGCCCAGCAUAAGACCGCAUGACGUGUUCUCUGCUCCGUAAUUCUGCACUGAAAACGAUUCCCUGCUGGUGCACCCAUCACAGUCUUCUUGUUUGAAUCCAACUCCACGCAAAACGAAACUUAGUGGGCGAGGCACCGUGGAAACGCGAUGCUCGACGUUCCGGACUAUCGCCAGAAGCCUUUUGUGAGGUUUGUCUACGCCUGGCCCGCGCUCAUCGGCGUAAUCCUGUUUGUAUCCCUCACGUUGUACGGCAUGUGUCGAUGUCUCUCUCGAAGUUUUGACUCGUCUGCCUCACAGCGCAUCGGCUCGAGCUCGAAUUCUGUUCGGCAAGACGUCUUUUACGUGGUGGCCGCCCCUCUCAUUUUUCAGGGUCUGUGCGUGAGCAUCUACACCACCUGGAUAAGUUGGAAGUUUUUCCGACACAACUAAAGUGCUUUUCUUUACUGGGUUUUAUUGUUUAUGCACCGUGGCGAAUUCAUCUGAUAGCGACCUUGGGGUGGGCGGACGGGGCAUUGGCGUCAAAUCGCUCUUUCUUCGAUUAGCACAUCUCCUUCGUCAUGGAUUACGGUGGCGUUUUUGUUCAUCUCACAACGAAAAAAUCUUCGGGGAAUUACGAUGGAACGCUCGUGUCGUUUUUUCUGAAAGGCUUCGGAAUAGCGCUUCUCCGUCUGUGAGCGCGUCUUGGCACUUCUUUUGUUAUUCUUCUGAGAGAGGAAUCAGGGCUACACGCUUAGCGUAUAUGCAAUAAGUGUCGUUUCAGGUAGUUUACUUCCUGUGUAUGUGCGUUAAGGAAUGCUUAUUCAACGGACAUGUGAAGAUGUACUUAUGAUCAGUGCAUUAAGCGUCUCUUUUUUUAUUGGCUUCGUUGCAUCUUCCACCUCUUUCGCAUUGACAUAGAACAUCUUUAUUUUAGUUGUAGUGUCAGUAUUGAUGCUUUUAUUAUUAUUAUUGAGAUGUGGCAAUUAUCUGUUUCAUUUGGAAUGCUUGUGUUUUUUUGCGCUGGAGGCCGCAUCCCAUGGACACGCGAAAAAACGAUUAUCGCUACAUCACCGUAAACUCGUGACGGUGGAAAACUCAUGAGCGUAAGUGCAUCUGCUCUAAUAUAUGUACUUCCUUCGGCGUUGACAAUUUUUUUUUUUUGGACCUGCAUCAACUACUCUUUCGCUGCCAGAAAAGGUUUCUAUCGAGUGAAUUCUCUUUUUUCAUAUUCUGACUUCUGCUUCCUCAACCCCAAAUGGCACUGUCGGAACGGAUGACGCUCCCGUGAGAAGGAUGAAAUCCGCUCGCUGAGAACGGUGACUGUGCCGCGCCAGUUGGAUAGCUAUGCGAUGUCGCGUGUACACGAAACAGCUAUCUGCACUCCCACACCACACUUCUUUCGCCUCUCUUCCUUUUCUCUUUAUUUGUGAGACACACAGCAAACGAUGCAUUGAGGGCCCCCAGACGAUCAGGGUCUGACGACCACCAAGCUCAUGAGUGUCAGCGGGUACAUUCUGCCGAGGUAUCCGGGGAUUGGUCGCCGUCUUGCCAAGGAGGCCAUGACCACGCAGGCUGACGCCGCCAGAGUCCACCAAAGGCGGGACUUGCUCGAGAUGGGCACGCUUACUGCGAAGGAGCUCGACAUCGUCGAACGCGCUCUUUACAGAGAAAUCUGGCUUUGGCGAAACCGUGGCGCGCUCGGAGAACUCACGUGUCGUUCGUCUCCCUCCCUCUCUCCUGUUGUGCGCCAUACGUACCACGCGGAGAAAACAAUCGGGUACCUUUCCACGCACUGCGGGCCCACAGAGGUGUCUGCAGCGAGGGGUUGAGGGGCCCGCGCAGAUCGGGACGGCGUGCUGCAGAAGGUGCGCGCUCAACACAGGCGCAAUGGGUUGAGAGGGAUUGCCCGUGGGGUUGAGCUCGAGUCCUUACACAGAUUAAACAGAUGAUACGCCGCAGCGAGAAGGUUUCCAGGUCGUGUUCCGCUUUAUGGAGGGCCCUCUCCGCCUUGCUGAUCCGUAUUCGCGACACAUUGGGAAUGUGGUGGACGGCUCGUUGAGGGUGACGAGAGCACAUACAGUACUACCGUCGCUGGAAGAGAAUUCCUCUGCACCGAUGGGGCGGGGGGCGGGGGAGCUUUAUGGGUACGUCGUCUCUGGUGGUGCAUGACGUUGCCCAAGUCUACUUGACCAAUGUGUGAUGCGACGGAGGCGAACCUGCGAUGCAGUAGCGAGACGGCAGCCAUUCACGCUUUCUCAUCUCCGUCUCACCUGGUAUCCUUCACUCUCCUGUCUCUUACGAAUCACUCAAACUACGAAGCAACCGCAGUCUCCAUCAGAGCCGCCGCUGAGUUCGUCUCCUGCGCUACCUCACGAAGACGACGGCAGUUACACACGUUUCUUCGUUAUCGGCAUCAAUCGUUUGAAAUUGGUAUCUUUUUUAAACCCACGCUAUCUAUCAUGCAUCUCUCCCAUACAAUUCCGUGGAAUCAGUUCAGUCGCCACUUCGAGUUCAUUCGAGAAAACAAAGCGAUUUAUGGACAGCCCACCGCUAUUUUCCCUAAGAAAGACGAGCAUGAGGUGUCAGACGGGCUGCACUUCGCGCGUGUCUUCGCGGACACUGUCGAUGAGUUUGCCGUGACGGAGCGGAAGAAGUUUCCGGCGAAGAUGGAUAUGAGUGUUCCUCUCUUCGCAGACGAACUCCUCGAUCCUGAGCGCUUUCACCUCUCCCCUUACAGCAGUAACGACAACUCGUGCAUUCCACUUAACGAAGAUAUGCAGCAGGUUUCGUUUUGGAAAAAGGAGAGUGAGAAUGGCUUUUCCACGGAGCACGGCUACCUCGCGGAUGCAGUGAAGUUUCUGAUUCAGCAGCAUCAAAGCGGCGCCCUUCUCACCCUCUGCCAGGCAGUUCCACUUCAGGGGUUGUUUAACCUCCACUGGGGGCACGGCUUUGGUGUCUAUUUGCUGGCCUAUCAUUCGUUUCGCAUCUACGUCUUCUUGAACCUUGUCUAUUCAGUACAGCAGGAUCUGCUGACGAAAGGGAAGAAGGCCUUCAAGAUCUUCGACGUACCUGCGCUGAAGCGAGAAGUGCUUGAACUCUUCAGUAACAACGAUUACAGUGCCCAAUACAUCGCGCAUCGCCAGUUUUGGGACAAGUACGUGCAGAACCCGCGUAGCGAUAUGGAAGGCACCGUUUUCCAGGAUCCCGCGGAGGUGGACCCUGCUGACCUGAAGCAGUACCUCGCCAACUGCUUUCGUGACAUAUAUCUGUAUGACAUGAUGCUGAAGGAGUGUGGGCAAGAGAAGACGAAGGAGUUCUGGGUCAACGAUUUCAUCCUCACCUUGAACUUCAUGUUUCAACCGCUGUCCUUGCCGACGCCGGAAUAA